CCAACUUUUCCUCAAGACCCUCUCCAAAAACCCUCAUUCUCGGGUUCCUCUUUCUCCUCAGCAGCUGCAGUCCGAGGAAAAAUAGAAUAACCAAACAAAGCUACAUCUGAUACUUUUUCCCACUCCCUACGCUACCCUUAAUCUCCCCAAACCUGAGAUCUUCAAUUUCACAAGAUGGUGUCGGAUGCGGCAAAGAAGAGAGAUGCACAGAAGAAGGCGGCGGCAGCUGCUAGGAGAGGAGGAAAGGGUGCAGCCGCGUCAUCCAAGGCGGCGGCGACCGCAUCCAAAGCGGCACCAGAGACCAACGGGGUCGAUAAUUUGACGAACGGAGUGGGGGAUCUUCACAUAUCUGAUCGAAAUUGCACUGGUGUUUUGUGUUCGCAUCCCCUUUCCAGGGAUAUUCGGAUACAAUCUUUAUCAGUCACCUUCCACGGACAUGAUCUCAUUGUUGAUUCUGAACUGGAGCUCAACUAUGGAAGACGUUAUGGGUUGUUGGGACUGAAUGGCUGCGGGAAAUCUACUCUUCUUACCGCUAUAGGGCUUCGGGAACUUCCCAUCCCAGAGCACAUGGAUAUUUUUCAUCUUUCACGGGAGAUUGAUGCCUCUGACAUGUCUGCUCUUGAGGCCGUCAUUAAUUGUGACGAAGAGAGGUUGAAAUUGGAGAAAGAAGCUGAAGCUUUGGCUGGACAGGAUGAUGGUGGUGGAGAGCAACUUGAACGGAUCUAUGAGCGUUUAGAAGCUAUGGAUGCAGCAACUGCUGAGAAACGCGCUGCUGAGAUCUUGUUUGGUCUUGGAUUUGAUAAGAAAAUGCAAGCAAAGAAAACAUGUGAUUUCUCCGGUGGCUGGAGAAUGAGGAUUUCUCUUGCGCGAGCCCUAUUUAUGAAUCCAACAAUUUUGUUGCUUGAUGAACCGACAAACCAUCUUGACCUAGAGGCCUGUGUGUGGUUAGAAGAAUCCUUGAAGAAUUUCGAGCGCAUUCUGGUUGUCAUUUCACACUCCCAGGAUUUUCUCAAUGGUGUAUGUACCAAUAUCAUCCACAUGCAAAACAAGAAAUUGAAGCUCUAUACAGGAAACUACGACCAAUAUGUUCAAACCCGUUCAGAGCUAGAAGAGAACCAGAUGAAACAGUAUAAGUGGGAGCAGGAGCAGAUUGCUUCAAUGAAGGAGUACAUUGCUCGCUUUGGACACGGUUCAGCUAAGCUAGCCCGUCAAGCACAGAGUAAAGAAAAAACAUUGGCUAAGAUGGAGCGUGGUGGGCUUACAGAGAAGGUGGGGAGGGACAGUGUCUUGGUUUUCCGGUUUACUGAUGUUGGCAAACUUCCUCCUCCUGUUUUACAGUUUUCGGAAGUCGCAUUUGGCUACACACCUGAGAACCUCAUCUACAAGAACCUUGAUUUUGGUGUAGAUCUUGAUUCCAGGAUAGCACUUGUGGGGCCUAAUGGAGCUGGAAAGAGCACACUGCUUAAGCUGAUGAUAGGGGAUUUAUUCCCCACUGAUGGCAUGGUUAAGCGGCAUAAUCACCUUAAAAUUGCACAGUACCACCAGCACUUGGCUGAGAAGCUAGACAUGGACAUGUCUGCUCUUCAGUACAUGAUGAGAGAGUACCCUGGGAAUGAGGAGGAGAAGAUGAGGGCAGCAAUUGGGAGGUUUGGCCUAACAGGUAAAGCUCAAGUAAUGGCUAUGAAGAACUUGUCCGAUGGCCAACGUAGUAGGGUGAUUUUUGCAUGGUUGGCUUAUAGGCAACCUCACAUGCUGCUGUUGGAUGAGCCAACCAACCAUCUUGAUAUUGAGACAAUUGACUCACUUGCAGAGGCAUUGAAUGAAUGGGAUGGUGGGAUGGUUCUAGUUAGUCAUGAUUUUAGGCUCAUAAACCAGGUUGCCCAUGAGAUAUGGGUAUGUGAAAAUCAGGCUGUUACACGGUGGGAGGGUGAUAUCAUGGACUUCAAGAAACACUUGAAAAAGAGGGCUGGAUUGGGUGAGUGAAGCAGAUAUUCUGUGUGUGUUAUAUUAGAAUGUGAUGGUAUCACUGUUUCCUGUUGGUCGUUGUUCAGUGCCAAGGGUAACAGUGAAAUAUCAUCAGGACCGUCAAGGAAGCUGACGGAGAGAAAGUAAAAGUUUCUUGAUCACCAGUAAGACGUAGUAAUCUUUAGCUAAGACCACGCCGAGAGCUGGUGCUAGAGAGAGGAAGUGAUCGAACCUUGAUCACCAUAUGAAUCUCUGGAUAUUUUUUUGGCUUAGUUCACUAUUUGUAUUGUCUACUUUACUGUCUUUACAUACUCUUAGGUUUUGGAGAGGAUUCAUGGCAGCUUAUUUCUUAUGUUAACAUCAUGUUUGUUAUCUAUUGCUAUAUUAUUGUACUUCAAAAUUUUGGGAUUUUGAAAGCUAUUAUGGAUUUAAUAUUUCAUUUCUA